AUGGCAGCUUCCAGAGCAGCCGAGACUUCGGAGGAGACACGCACUCGGCUUGAUGAUCAACGUUCACGACAAGCAGCUGCCAGAGCAACCGAGACACCAGACCAGAGACGAGCUCGAAGUGAAGAUCAACGUAGACAACAAGCAGCCUCAAGAGCAGCACAUUGGACAUUUAUGGAAAGGGAAGCGUUUCGAUAUCAUCCAGCCAACAGCUACGACAACCAUCCUCAACUUUAUAUUGGACGAAUGAACGACGUUUGCUCAUAUUGUGAUGCUCUUAAGUGGCCUGGAGAAUAG